GCUCGUCGAAAAAAUAUCGAUACAUCGAUAUAUCGAUAAUAUUUUUUCAAUGUAUCGAUAUUUUUGAGCGAUAUUUAAUGUUUCGAUGUAUCGAGGUAUCGAUAUAAAAUUACAAGUAUUGAAAAGGUAUAAAAAUCGAUAUUUUUUAUAAUUAAAAAUCCUAAAAAAGAAUACUUUUUUUAUACUAACAUUUUUUAACAAAUUACAUUUUUUUUGUCUUUGGUCGACUCGAUUUACUGCGUUUUAAUUUGGUACUUAAGUUGGCAACUCUGUCUGUCAAUUUUAUUUCAGUGUCAGUGUCUGUGCUUCAACUAUCCGUCUGUUAUCGGUAAUUCCGUAUUAUAACCUCAACGCGAGCGUAUUUCUGCCUGCACUUGAGUUGAUUAUAGUUCUCAAACAAUCUAACUAAUUAAAUCAAUAAUUAAUUCACGUAUGUGAACAAAAUAAUUCGAGCAUUCCAGUCAUGUCUAGUGUUGUAUGGAACUUUUUCAAAAAAAUAGACAGACAAAACGUUUCAUGUAAUGUGUGUGGGAAAAUAUAUAAAACCAGUGGCAAUACGACGAAUUUAUCUACACAUCUUAAAAAUAAGCAUCACCAUGCGUUUUUGCAACUUAAAAAUAAAAACUCAACGUCAAGAGAAGUGAAUAUACACCAAGAACAAGAACUAGUUCACCUGUUUCGUCUACUAAUUCAACUAUUACCAAUACUAAUAAACCUGCUGAGAUAGAAAAUAACUUCAUGGAAUUGUCUGAAAUUGCGAUUUACGAUGAUACUGGUACUGAAUCCUCCAAAGAUGGUCAGAGUAAAGGCUUGUGGAAACAGACUACACUCAUAGAUAUGUUUGAAAGAAGUUCAAGCUAUGAAGCAGGGGGUCAUAAAACUAGCCAAAUAAAUCAAGCUUUGAUCUACAUGAUUUGCAAAGACGACAUGCCUCUAUCUUGCGUAGAAAAAUCAGGAUUGAAAAGAUUUAUGAGCGUCAUUUGUCCACGCUAUAAAAUUCCAUCACGAACUACUAUAACUGGCCUCAUGGAACAACGAUACGCCACUACCAAAGCCAUUUUAAAACAAAAAUUAAGUGAGAUAAAUAAUAUUGCUUUAACAAGUGAUAUAUUAACUCUUAUUAACUCGACACGAAGUUUCAUCGUAGUGACAGCACAUUUUCUUAACACAGCUAAUAACUGCACUCCUGAGCAUGAGAUGGUGAGAUUGACAGCACGAAGAAUGUAUCAGGUAAGUAAAGUAUAAAAUAAAUGCAUCAAAUUAUCUAUACUCUAUACUAAUAUAUAAAGCUGAAGAGUUUGU